AUGACUGCUCAACUUUAAAAUAACUAGCUGCUAUACUAACGGGAGGCAAAGUUACUUAAAUCAUCAUAUAUUAAUAAUAAAAUUAAUUUGGAAGCUUCACUAAUUUUACUAAAUAACUUAGAUUAAGUAACAUUAGAUUAUAUAACUCUUAAGCUUAACAAAUUAAAUUAAAACACAUUCUCAUCAUUUAUACAAGUUAAUUAAUGCUACAAUAUUACAUUAGCUAAAUGUACUUUGGAUAUUAAUUUUUCUGCUUUUGUUGUAAAUUAAGCCGUGCUAUCUACUGGAGGAGCUAUUAAUCUAUCCAAAGUUAAUUUAAUAUUAAAGAACUCACAAAUAGAAUCAAAUAAAGCUCAAAUAGGAGGUGGAAUUUAUUAUCAAUAAAUAGUCCCUGACUUUGUUUUAUUAAUAUAGAAAGGUAUCAAGCAAAAUAAUACCAUUUAAAAUAAUUAUGCUAGCAUCUAUGUUCUUGAUGAAGAAGGAACUCCUGUUUUUAUCCCAUCAAUUCAAAACCAAAGUAGCUUAAGUGAUGAUGUCUUACUAAUAAUUAGAUAGAUCAAUAUAGAAAUUACAUGUGAUUAAUUAAAUGUGUAAUAAAUAUAAUGUGUAGGAAAUUUAAAAUCAAGUGAUUAUUAAAAUGGAGGGUUUUAUUUAACAGUAUAGCCUAUGUAUAAGCCAUUAAGUACAAUGAUUAUGAAAAUAAGAUCAAAUGUGUUUCCACAAUUAGUUGAUUCAAAUAAUAAUAUCUAAAUUAAUUAAGGUUAGUUAGAUCUUUAAGUGCUACUUAAUUUUGAUCAAUGUAAAAUAGGGCAGAUUCAAAAAUAAUUUAGUAAUUCUAUUAUUUGUGAGUCUUGUCCAGAGGGAAAAUAUUCAUUAGAUAUUCUUGAUGGUGAAUGCAAAAAAUGUCCAGACUCUGCUGAUUAUUGCUCAGGUUCAAAAAUAUAGUUGAAAAAUGGUUAUUGGAGAAGUAAUGAAUUUACUGAUGAUAUUAUUUAUUGUAAUUACAAUCCUGAUGUUUGUUAACCUUAAAGUAAUAAAUCAAAAUUCAAUUGUGCUAGAGGAUAUAUAGGCAUGAUAUGUAGAUCUUGUGAUAUUUAUGGUUAAAUUUGGGAAGAUUCAUAAAUCUGA